AUGCUUGACCGGGCAGAAGAAAAGAGUGAAAAAAAUUACCAGGCCGAAUCGGUCGGAGGUCAGGGUGACAGUGAAGUGACGAUCCAUGAGCCAAUUAUCGGGAAUGAAGCCUCCUCGCACUUUGAACAUCUUAUCCGUGACGGUUACCCUGGGUUACCCAUUCGGAAGACUGGGGUGGUCUUCAAAGACCUCACGGUCAAGGGCGUCAAUGUCGGUGUAAACUUCGUCCAAACAUUACCACAUGCCGUCCUCGGUAGUUUCGGCCCGGACUUGUACCAUUUCAUUUGCGAAAGAGUCCCUGUCCUCCGCUUUGGCCGACAACCCGAGCUGAGAACUCUUAUUAGGGACUUUACCGGCGUUGUACGACCCGGGGAGAUGAUGCUCGUACUGGGACGACCAGGCAGCGGUUGCAGCACACUUUUAAAGGUUCUUGCCAAUAAUAGGGACUCAUAUGCCUCUGUCGAAGGCGAAGUGUCAUACGGCAUCAACUCUUUCAAGGAUCUGCAGAAGAGCCAUCGCCGAGGGGAGGUGGUCUAUAAUGGUGAAGAAGACCAGCACAUGCCAACCCUAACGGUUGGGCAGACACUUAAAUUCCCCUUUCUCACCAAGAUGGGGAAGCAUCUAGAGGCAGGAUAUUUGGAGCACAUAAUCAUCUCACUUCUCAACCUAUGCGCUAUCGAAAAUGCCAGAAAUGUGCUCGUGGGAAAUGCGCACAUCCAUGGCGCGUCCGGGGGAGAGCGAAAACGAGUUAGCAUCGCGGAGACACUGACAACGCAAAGUGCGGUAACUUGCUGGGAUAACUCGACAAGGGGUCUGGAUGCUUCCACAGCGCUCGAAUAUGCAAAGUCGCUACGCAGGAUGACCGACAUAUCUGGGCGAACCACCAUCACAACGUUGUAUCAGACUGGCGAGAGUAUCUACGAACUCAUGGACAAGGUCCUGGUGAUCAAUGAGGGUCGGAUGCUGUACCAAGGUCCGGCCAAUGAGGCAAAACGAUAUUUCGAGGAUCUUGGCUAUUACGCCUCACCGACCCAGACCACGGCUGACUUUCUUACUUCGAUCUGCGACCCCAGCGCUCGCAGGUUCCGCCAGGGAUACGAGAAUGUGUGCCCUAAAUCCGCCGAGGAGCUCGAGCGAAUCUUCCACCACAGCCCAGCAUACAAGAGCGUCCUCGCCGACGUAGACAGUUUUCAACAAGAAUACGAUCCCAGAGGGGAAAUAGACGCCCCAUCUGACGCAUCGCGAGCCUCGUCACAAGGAUCUCGCUCGGCGAAUCCUGGACACUCCACGCCCACUGCAAGCUUCCACAAACAGGUUCUCGCCUGUGCUCGACGUGAAUUAUGGCUUGUCUGGGGUGACAAAAAGGAGCUGUGCACAAAGUACUUUACUGUCAUCACCAACGGAUUCAUCUUUAGUUCUAUGCUCUACAACACCCCAUCAUCGACCGCCGGUGUCUUCCCACGGAGCGGCGUUGCUUUUUUUGCCAUUGUUUUCCUCGGUUGGCUCCAGCUCUCAGAACUGAUUAAAGCCGUCUCUGGACGCGCCGUUAUCGCCCGCCAUAAACAAUACGGAUUCUACAGGCCUAGUGCGGUCACUCUUGCGCGAGUACUGGUUGACUUUCCCUUGCUCGUUCCUCAGGUCCUCAUCCUCGGUCUAAUUGCCUACUUUAUGACUGGGCUAGACCCCCAACCGAGCAAGUUCUUCAUCUACCUACUCUUCAGCUACACCACAACCAUCUGCUUUACGGCUCUAUAUCGCAUGAUGGCGGCCUUGUCGCCAACCAUUGAUGAUGCCGUCCGAUAUUGCGGAACUGUUCUCAAUAUUCUACUCAUAUACGCCGGUUACAUAAUUUCAAAGCCCAUCCUGGUUUCUCAGAAAAUUUGGUUCGGCUGGAUACUCAGCUACGCCUUUGAGGCAGUUCUCAGCAACGAAUUCCACGGGCGAAGAAUGGAAUGUGCGCCUUCUCAGCUAGUGCCCCAAGGAAACGAUAUCCAAUUAGCAAAUCAGGGCUGUGCUAUUGCGGGCGGAAGGCCCGGCCUUGCUGAUUUGUCAGGGGAUGACUAUCUUGGCUCGAAGUACGAUUACAGCCGCGCAAAUCUCUGGAGAAAUCUCGGCGUCGUCAUUGCAUUUUCCAUCCUCUAUCUCAUCAUCACUAUCGUUGCCACCGAGUUGCUUUCUUUUGCCAGGCCAGCCGCGGGAGGUCUCGUCUUCAAGCCAACCAAGCGGGUCAAGCAGCACUUCUGGGAUUUUGCAAGGACUCCCGAUGAGGAAAAGCCUGGCUCAGUUGGUGGCGAUUUGGCAGGGGGGAUGAUGUUGGAAUCAGAGCUGGAUCGAGCGGAACAAGGGCAAGGGGAAGGUGAAGAUUUGGGUAGAGUGCCAGGAAAUGCCAAAAUAUUCACGUGGGAGAACAUCAACUAUAGCGUCUCUACCGUUCAGGGUGCCAAGGUCAUCCUCAAUCAAGUCAGCGGCUACGCUAAACCUGGCGUUAUGAUUGCCCUCAUGGGUGCGAGCGGCGCUGGAAAGACGACUCUUCUCAAUGUUCUUUCCCAACGCAAAACAAGUGGCACGGUCAGUGGUGAGGUGCUCCUUGAUGGCAGACCUUUGGGGAGGGACUUCCAGCGCACUACUGGAUACGUUGAGCAGAUGGAUCUGCAUGAGGAGACAGCGACCAUUCGAGAGGCAUUAGAAUUCUCGGCAGUUCUACGUCAGAGCCACACAAUUCACCACCGCAAAAAAAAAGAAUACGUGGAGAAAAUCCUGAAUCUCCUUGGGCUCUGGGAUAUACAAGAUGCGAUAAUCCGUUCCCUCAGCGUCGACCAGAAAAAGCGAGUCACAAUAGGCGUCGAAUUGGCUGCCAGUCCCUCCCUCAUUUUCCUUGAUGAGCCAACAAGUGGGUUAGAUUCCCAGUCAGCCUUCUCUAUCGUACAGUUCCUACGGCAACUUUGUAACUCUGGACACGCCAUUGUCUGUACAAUUCACCAGCCCUCCAUGGAUUUGAUCCAACAGUUUGAUAUGAUCCUGGCGCUGGAUCCAAGCGGUGCCGUGUUCUACUUCGGUCCUGUUGGCGAUAAUGGCACUGCUGUCACAACAUAUUUUCGCGAUCGGGGCACGAAGUGUUCGGAAGGGAAGAACGUCGCGGAGUUUCUCCUCGAGACGGCAGCGAAGGGCGGCGAGAAGGUGGACGGCAAACCGGUUGACUGGAUUAAGGAGUGGCGUGAAUCGAGAGAGAACAGCCAACUGGCUCAAGAGAUUCGGCAAGCCAAGGCAGCAAACGUUCACGAGCAGCCAACUACGAUAACAGCCAUGAAAUCUUCGGACGGGGGCGAGUUCGCUACCCCUACGUUGAUGCAAAUUGUAUACCUCACCAAGCGAAUGUUCAUCCAUCAAUGGCGCGAGCCGCCGUAUAUCUAUGGCAGGCUCUUUACCGCGUUUUUCACCGGAAUCUUCAACGGUUUCACAUUCUGGCAGCUGGGGAACACUGUCGCAGACAUGCAGAACCGCUUGUUUACCUCCUUCCUUAUUCUUCUAAUCACCGCCGCUGUCCUCAACAGCGUGCUACCCAAGUUUUUCUUCAACCGUGCGCUCUGGGAGGCGCGAGAGAAACCUUCACGAACAUACGGAUGGAUCGCUUUUUGUACAGCAGAAGUCGUGUCCGAGAUCCCGAGUUCACUCCUGGCGGGCAUUUUGUACUGGUUAUUGUGGUAUCUCCCUACUGGCCUUCCUUAUGAUGCCUCUACCGCCGGCUACGUCUUCCUUAUGACUCUGCUAUUCUUUCUAUUCCAGUCUAGCUGGGGUCAAUGGAUCUGUGCUUGGGCCCCAAGCUUCACCGUCAUUAGCAAUGUCUUACCUUUUUUUCUUACAGUGCUGUCACUAUUCAACGGCGUUGUUGUGCCGUACAGCCAGCUCAAUGUAUUCUGGAAAUACUGGCUUUACUGGCUCAACCCCAGCACAUACUGGAUCAAUGGCGUCCUGGCGGCAACCUUGUCGCACCUGGAAGUUCGCUGUGGCCCUAACGAAGCGGCCUAUUUUAACCCCCCAUCCGGGCAGACAUGCCUUGAGUUUGCAGGCACGUUCGUGGAGCAGGCUGGUCAGGGCUACCUGACGAAUCCAGACGCGACAGCUAUGUCUAAGGGAGUCUUUCAUGCCGGCGAGCGCGAUAGCGAUGGUGGUAACGCGGGCAUCGCCCUAAAUAGAUCGGUCACUUUCAUUAAGGCCCAAGACCUGGGAAACUUUAGCAGUCGAUGCGGAAACAUACGCCAGUGGAAGAUUUCGCUGGCUGACGAUGGUGCAGUUCGCGCUCACUCUAACACGAGAGGCCCGGAGUUCGGUGCUCAGCACAUAGUUUAUUUGCUGACAGGGCCCGAGCUCGGCUCUGUUUUCGCUACGAUCUUGAUGCGUGUCGAGUUUUACGUUCGUGAUUCUAACCCGGCUUUGGACUCUUCGAUUAAGUUCACACCAACGCCCGUCGUGAACCUCGUCAUGAUCACGAACUCGCCUCACCCCAUGAUUCAGUCGGGGUGGCAAUUGUGA